AGCAGGCACUACCACAAUAACAGACAUAAUUUUUCUCCUAGUCAUCUAGUCUCUAGCCAUGGUAGAAAGAGAGCAAGUAUGGCCACUAGCUCGGGGCAACGACCGAUUGAGCAGCGACAGUGGGGAGGCUGCCUCAACUGUAAAGAAAGUCCGCCACAGAGCAUGCGUCAAAUGUUGUGGUUACGUCAUAGCUUUAGUGCUCAUCCUAGCGGUAGUGAUGGUUAUUCUAAUACUGACAGUGUUCCGUGUGAAGGAACCCAAAAUAAAAUUAAAUGGCUUUACAGUCACCCAGCUUCAACUAAUUAGCGGUACAAUUCCGAAGCCUGGGGUCAACAUGUCAUUUAUAGCAGACAUUUCAGUGAAAAAUCCAAACGUAGCUUCAUUCAGAUACAGUAACACCACAACAAGCCUUUAUUAUCAUGGCUUGUUAGUGGGUGAAGCCAGAGGGCCACCCGGCACAACCAAGGCCGGACGAACUUUGCGCAUGAAUGUCACGGUGGAUAUCAUCACGGACCGGUUGUUGUCUAGCCCGAAUUUGCAGUCGGAUUAUGGGGCCGGGCUUUUCCCUGUGGACAGCUAUUCGAGAGUUGGUGGAAGGGUGAAUAUUUUGAAUGUUUUCAAGAGGCAUGUCACUGUGACCAUGAAUUGCAGCACGACAUUUAAUAUUUCGAGCCAGAGAAUUCAUGAACAGAAGUGCAAGAGAAAAGGUUAUCUCUAGAAUUUGAUUUCUUAUUACAAUAAUAUUAUGUAUAUAAUUUUGUGUACAAAUAAUAAUAUAUCACUAUAUGAUUGGAUAUUAUCUUAUCUUUAAUUUUCAACUAACCAAUCAUAUAAUGAGCCGUCAUUGUUUAUACACAAAAUUAUACACAUACUACUACCUUUCUUACUGUGCAUAGAAUAAUAGUUUUUGACAUGUAAAAUAUGGUAGAGUUUUGCCUUUUGUCUUUGAAUUUCACUUAUGUAGGAUUUUCUGUAUGCUAUAUUUUCAUUCUGUGUACAAUAUUGUAGUGUCCUUAUUUUCGUUUCUAUCAUAUAAUGUUAUUCUUUUUCAAAUCAA